UACACACUUUACAAAACAAUGUGUACACUCCUACUUGCAGAGAAUAAUAAUAAUAAUAAACAAAACAAACAAAACAAACUAUGCUCGAAAACUGCCAGCGGUACCAUAUGGUACUGGGUCUUAGCGCCCUCACCAUACUGACUAUACUGGUGCUCAUCAUUGAAUCCCGUUACGCAGCCGACGGUCCGCGCAGGCGAGAGCAGCAGUUCUUGAUCGAAAACAACUCGACUUGCUGGCGCCACGAGCCGUACACAGUGGUCCAGGAGUGCCAUCCUUGCUCGGAGUUCGACAUAGUCAGCCGGAGUCUGGGCGUCUGCAUCCACACCCACUACAAGGAGCUGCUCCGCUGCAAGAGCGGCGAGAUCGUGACCAAGAGCUGCGAUCGGGUGGCACUCAUCGAGCAGCGCAACUUCAUCAAGUUCGAGUCCGCCUGCUUUGUGCUGGGCGUGCUCAGCUACCUCGUCGGCUAUGCCAGGGAUCGAGUGCUGUCCCGAAGGACUUACAUGAAGAUCGAACGACAGCUGAACCGCGUGCAGUAGCCGGUGUUGGGAUCCCGCCCAUCGAAUGAUAUACUCAGUGCAUGGGGAAGGUACAUUAUUUAAUUUUAGUAUUAAGUACAUAUACACUUGAAAUACCUUGUUAAAGUUCAUUCGCUAAUACUAGAGGGAAAAUAUUGCAAGUGGUGGAAUGCUUGUUUGUGGCAGGGGAGGACGAUGGCGCCCCACAUUUCCUGGGCGGGGCGCAUCUGCUCAACACAAUUCGGUGCUAAUAAUAUGUAUAACAUUUUGAUUCGGUAAUAACAAUAUUCGGAUACCUGCAA